AUGGCGAUCCUCUCCGACAUCGAAGAAACCCAGUCCAACCAAACCCAGAAUUCUCCCCCUCCAACCAAUCCCCAGCCGGCAGCGGCGGAGAAGGAGAAGAAGGAGGACAACACCACUUCUCUGCUUCCAAAUUCCGGCAAUGGGCUCGACCUGGAGAACUAUUCGUGGGGACAGAGCCUCGAGGAGGUGACGAUCACCGUUCCGGUCCCUGCCGGAACCAAAUCUAGGCAGAUUGUGUGCGAGAUCAAGAAGAAGUCUCUGAAGCUAGGGCUCAAGGGCGAGCCGGCGAUGAUCAUCGACGGCGAGCUGUUCGGACCGGUGAAAGUGAGCGAUUCUUUCUGGCAAUUGGAGGAUCAGAAGACCGUCUCUGUUCUGCUGACGAAAUUCGAGGAGAAGAACAAGAGCUGGUGGAAGUCGCUGGUGAAGGGAGGGCCGGAGAUUGAUACCCAGAAGGUGCAGCCGGAGAACAGCAAGCUGAGCGAUUUGGAUCCGGAGCUGAGGUCGACGGUGGAGAAGAUGAUGUUCGACCAGAGGCAGAAGCAGAUGGGUUUACCCACCAGCGACCAGAUUCAGCAGCAGGACCUCUUGAAGAACUUUGAUUUCUCCAAGAUGAAGCAGGUCGACAAGUUCAGCAAUAUGCCUUGA